CGGCCGUCCACCCUGGCCGAGCCCGGAGGGCGCAGAGGCUGGUCCGUGUGCAGCCGGCAGGCCGAGGGCGCGGCGACGUGCCGGGCGGAGCCAGGAGCGCCCAGCGCUGGUCCGUGCUGGGCCUCUCCCGAGCCGAGCGUGUGGUGCAGCGGAGAGCGAGGAGGAAGAUGAAAUCGAGAUGGAGGUUGAGGACCACGAUAGCAAAGAGGCCAAAAAGCCAAGUGUCAUCAACUUUGACACCAGCCUGCCCACGUCACACAUGUACCUGGGGCCCGACAUGGAGGAGUUCCACGGCCGGACCCUGCACGACGACGACAGCUGCCCGGUGAUCCCGGUGCUGCCGCAGGUGGCGCUGAUCCUGAUCCCGGGCCAGACCCUGCCGCUGCAGCUCUCGCGCCCGCAGGAGGUGAGCCUGGUGCGGACCCUGAUCCAGCGCGACCGGACCUUCGCCGGACUGGGGGCCAGAGGUCGCCCUCUCCGUGCUGGCCAUGGGGCCGGGGGCUGGGCCCGGGGCUGGCAGGGACCCGCGCGGUGCUCACGGCGCCAGGCCCGACCGAGGGACCGUCUGGGCGUCACUCUGGCCGCUGUCCUUUUGAACAAGGAGACUUUAAUGGACAGAAUCAAGAAGCAGUUACGCGAGUGGGACGAGAACCUCAAGGACGAUUCGCUUCCCGCCAACCCAGUCGACUUCUCUUACAGAGUAGCUGCUUUUCUGCCCAUUGACGACGCGCUGAGGAUCCAGCUGCUGAAAAUCGGGAGCGCCAUCCAGCGGCUGCGCUGCGAGCUGGGCAUCAUGAACAGGUGCACGUCCCUUUGCUGCAAGCGAUGUCAAGAAACGGAAAUAACCACCAAAAACGAGAUCUUCAGCUUGUCCCUGUGCGGGCCGAUGGCGGCGUACGUGAACCCGCACGGCUACGUGCACGAGGCGCUGACCGUGUACAAGGCCUGCAACCUGACCCUGGCCGGCCGGCCCUCCACGCAGCACAGCUGGUUCCCCGGGUACGCGUGGACCGUGGCCCAGUGCAGGAUCUGCGCAAACCACAUUGGGUGGAAGUUCACAGCCACCAAGAAGGACAUGUCGCCUCAGAAAUUUUGGGGUUUGACGCGAUCCGCCCUGCUGCCCACCAUCCCAGGCACUGAAGACGAACAAGAUGAGCCGUGCCCGGACAGGGUCGUCCUCUGCUUGUGAGCACACGGUAGGCGGCGGCUGUCCAGGGGGGCUCGAGCCGCGCCCGAGUGUCCGCUUUGCUGUAGUUAGCCAGGGCCGUGCACGGGCCCGACGUGGUCCGGCCCAACUAGCCGGAACCGGCCUCCCGCACGGACAGGAGGACGUUCCCCGCCCUGGGCACGGACAGCGGCCGCGGGCCCGAGGCCAGGCGCCACACCUGACCCUUCCGGAAGCGGUCGGGCGGCGACUUACUGGACUGUUCCUUCGUCUCUGGUCUGUAAAUCUGAACCCAGCUCGAGAGCCUCGUUCCCUGCGCUCUGGCGCUCGGUGUCUGCCCCGCCACCGGGGCUCAGGGCCGGACCGGGAGGCGCCAGGCCGCGGGCACCGUGACCGUGAGCGCCACACGCUCAGCCGCUGUCAGCACCCACCGGUUGGCCACGCACCUCUGCUGCGGAGGCGCGGGGGCCUGUCCCGUCUGUCAUUACAUUCACCGAGCGGA